AUGGAAGACACUGUUAUAGAUUCUUACUUUGAAGUCACCCCACCAAACCAGUUCAGAUUCCUGGACUACUAUAGAUAUCGGCAGACGCAAAAUGAUUUCACCUCUUCUUUCCGGGUAGAGGCGGACAUACUUUGGCGUAACCUGGUGUCGCUGGCGAAUAGUGGCAACGACGAGGUUAAAACGGCUGCCAUCCGACUGCAAAAUUCCUUUAAGGCAUGGGCCGUCCUCUUUUUUCAGUUGCUAUUAACUGGCAGAUGGAAUCAUCGUCAAAAGUAUCCUGACGUUAAUGCUUUUUGGAGAACGAUUGAAGAUAAAAUGCAGCUUGACAUCGCAGAAACGGCUGCUGCUUGUAGGUUCAUACAUAAAGCUGCGGGCGUGGUAGAUACAGCGAUCACUAAUGUGGAAGAAAAAAUGAUAUCUAAUCGCAAGCGUAUGAGGCAUGGAAAGGUAAAGGCACCCAUCUACGAUCAAGUCGAGAAAGAAAUCAUUGUCAUUUCUGACGACAGUGGGAGCGACGAGUUCAAUUUGUUGAGCACAGAAGCAGACCAGGACAACGAAGCAGACGCUGAUAAUAUGCCAAGGACGCCAAGGACGCCAACAAAGAGACAUAAACGUGCAAAGACUCCGAUAUUAACACCAAACAAGCCGAUGAUAUCAAAAUCUAUGUAUGAUAAAUAUGCGGCCCACGUGGAUUGUGCUUUCCGUGCAACGCUCCACCAUGUUAAGGCAAACAACAAAACAAGUGUUUAUCAGGAGAUAAAAAACAAAGUAGAGAGAUGGAAUCGUCCCGUGCUGAUGGAGUCUACAGGUGCACGAGAAUGGAUACACGUCUUCAACACUGACCUUGAAGUGGAAGCCGGAGAAACUGAUGAAAUUGUUAUGUGA